UUUCUCUAUCCGCUUGGAGGGGAGAGAGAGAGAGAGAGAGAGAAAAUUAUAGAGAGAGAGGGGGUAGGAAGGAAGUCUCUUUGAUAAUGGCUUUGACCUUUUCGCUCUCUCUGUCUCUCUCUCUCUCCAUCUUCUUCCAUGAUAGGAUUCACACGCAAAAUUCCUAUUCUCAUCUUCUUCUUCACCCCAAACCCUUUUCUUUUCUCCCAUAAAUCUUCUCUCCAUCUUCCAAGAAUUUUCAGUGUUUCCAAUUCCCUCUGAAUUCCCUCUUUUUCCUUGAACAUUCCCAUUAAUACCCAUAUAACUUUAUUUAAUUUUUUUAUUUGGAAAAUCAGAAUUGGGUUACAUGAUCCUAGAAUUCAGAGUUGGUGUUGAAGCUCAUCCUCCAGUUUUGAAGUUGAAGAAGAAAACCCAGGUUUUGUACUCUUGAAAUUCUUUAUGUUUUGUGUAGAAAAGAUCAGGGUUUGAUCUAUCAUCACCUAUAUAUUGCUCAAAUAUGGAGACCCAGAUCGAAAAAGCCUGAGAUUUGAAGCUUUGAUUUUGAGAAAUUGAAGCUUUUUUUUUUCCCUCUUGGUUUCUUAUUGUUUUUUAAGAUUUUGAUUGAUUUUGACCCAUAGUUUGGUUAAACAUUGGAACCCAUUACAUCAAAACAUCAAAAAAAGUUGAGAAUUGAAGGGUUUGAUUUAUGGGAAAUUGUUGUGUGACGCCAUCUCUUGAAACAGAGAAGAAAAAGAAGGAAAAAAAACAAAACCCAUUUGCUAUUGACUAUGGUACAAACCACACAGUUGGAAAUGGUGGUUACAAGUCCUAUGUAUUGGACAACCCAAGUGGACAUGAAAUAGAGCAGAGAUACGAGCUGGGUCGCGAGCUCGGGCGCGGUGAAUUCGGGGUUACCUAUUUGUGUACUGAUAAAUCUUCUAAGGAUGUGUUUGCUUGCAAAUCAAUAUCCAAGAAGAAGCUGAGGACUAGAGUGGAUAUUGAGGAUGUGAGGAGGGAGGUUGAGAUCAUGAAGCAUAUGCCACCACAUCCUAAUAUUGUCACCUUGAAGGACACUUAUGAGGAUGAUAGUGCUGUCCACUUGGUGAUGGAGCUAUGCGAGGGGGGUGAAUUGUUCGAUCGAAUUGUUGCUAGGGGGCAUUACACCGAAAGGGCGGCUGCAGCUGUGACUCGAACAAUUGUCGAAGUUAUUAUGAUGUGUCACAAGCAUGGGGUCAUGCAUCGGGAUCUCAAACCUGAGAACUUCUUGUUCGCUAACAAGAAGGAAACAGCAGACUUGAAGGCAAUUGAUUUUGGGCUGUCGGUGUUCUUUAAACCUGGUGAGAGAUUUAAUGAGAUUGUGGGAAGUCCCUACUACAUGGCUCCUGAGGUGCUGAAACGGAAUUACGGUCCAGAAGUUGAUGUCUGGAGUGCUGGAGUAAUCCUUUAUAUCUUACUUUGUGGUGUCCCACCAUUUUGGGCAGAGACUGAACAAGGAGUUGCCCAAGCAAUCAUUCGUUCUGUUGUGGAUUUUAAGAGGGACCCUUGGCCCAAAGUUUCUGACAAUGCGAAAGACCUUGUAAAGAAGAUGCUUAACCCUGAUCCUAAGCAGCGGCUUACUGCUCAGCAAGUGCUAGAUCAUCCUUGGUUACAAAACGCCAACAAGGCUCCGAAUGUUUCUUUAGGUGAAACUGUUAGAGCAAGGCUCAAGCAAUUUUCUAUGAUGAACAAGCUCAAGAAACGAGCUCUAAAGGUGAUUGCUGAGCAUUUGUCAGCGGAGGAAGUGGCGGGCAUAAAGGAGGGAUUCCAAUUGAUGGAUACCAACCACAGAGGGAAGAUCAACAUCGAUGAACUAAGAGUUGGAUUGCUGAAGCUUGGCCAUCAGAUGCCUGAUUCAGAUCUCCAGAUUCUUAUGGAAGCUGGCGAUGUAGAUAAGGAUGGACAUUUGAACUAUGGGGAGUUCGUAGCUAUUUCAGUUCACCUCAAAAAGAUGGGCAACGCCGAUGAUCACCUUCACAAAGCCUUUGAAUUCUUUGAUCAAAACCAAAGUGGGUAUAUAGAGAUUGAAGAACUAAGGGAUUCCUUGGCUGAUGAAGUUGAGACCAACAAUGAAGAAGUCAUUAAUGCCAUCAUUCAGGACGUUGACACAGACAAGGAUGGCCGUAUAAGUUAUGAGGAGUUUGCUGCGAUGAUGAAGGCCGGUACAGAUUGGAGAAAAGCGUCGAGGCAGUAUUCACGAGAGCGGUACAAUAGUCUGAGCUUGAAAUUGAUAAAAGAUGGAUCGUUGAAGAUAAGGAACGAGGGUAGAUAACUACAAAAAAGACAACGCCAAAAAAAAAAAAUGACGAAAAUUUGAACGGAAGAUCUUUUGAUUUUGUUGGCUUACGAAUUAUUAUUUUUCUUCUUUUUUUCCAUUCAUAGAAGAAAGAAAAAAUGAAAAUUCUCUUCAAAGAUCCUGUUUGAGGAUAAGUAGGGUUUGUGAGUGUCGAAUGUGUUUCUUCUCAAGUGCUUCUAUAUUUGUUUGGAUAGAAAAGGAGUGAAUGUGUGAUGAAGGUGGUCUGGCAAGUGGGUUAUUUGUGAUUGUAAAUAUUUUGACAUAUAUACCUCCAUUAAAUAGUCAAAGCUACUACUUUGUUUUGUCUA